AUGAGAAAACAUCCUGCAGAUUCCCCAGCUUGGAAAACAUCUGAUUUCCAAUAUCCUGAUUUUGCCAAGGAGCCUCGAAAUGUUAGACUUGGUUUAGCAACUGAUGGGUUCAAUCCUUUUAGCACUAUGAGUGUUUCUCAUAGUACAUGGCCUGUGGUUUUAAUUCCAUUUAACUUGCCACCAUGGAUGUGCAUGAAACAACCUUAUUUUAUGCUAUCACCCUAUGCUCCUGGAAAUAACAUAGAUGUCUAUUUAGAACCUUUAGUGGAGGAGUUAAAGGAGUUAUGGGAUGUUGGAACCAUAAGUGACUUUCCUGCUUAUGCAAAUUUAUCUGGGUGGAGCACUAAAGGUCAACUAGCAUGUCCUUGUUGCCAUAAGCAUACAAAAUCACAACGACUAAAGCAUGGAGGAAAAUACUGUUACAAGGGGCAUCGUCGAUUUUUUCCAAAAAGACAUGUUUUUCGGAGAGACAAGAAGUCUUUUGAUGGCACUAAAGAACAUGGAAGGCCGCCACGCCGCUUAACAGGGUCUGAUAUACUUGAUGAGUUAAAUGGGUUCGAAAUUAAAUUUGGGAAACUAGUGAAGGAUAAUCCAAAUCUUCCAUUUAACURGAAGAAGAGAAGUAUWUUWUWUGAGUUACCAUAUUGGAAAGAUAAUUUGCUAUGCCACAAUCUUGAUGUGAUGCAUAUCGAAAAGAAUGUUUGUGAUAGUGUGAUUGGCACCUUGUUGAAUUUUGAUGGAAAGACUAAAGAUCAUAUAAAGGCACGUCUUGAUUUACAAGAAAUGGGCAUUAGACCUGAACUUCAUCCUAAAGCUUACGAUAACGAUAAAGUGUACCUGCCUCCAGCUUGUUUCUCAAUGGAUAAGAAGGAGAAGGAAAUAUUUUGUAAUGUCUUAAAAAAGGUGAAAGUGCCGGAUGGAUAUGCAUCUAAUAUAUCAAGAUGCGUGCAAUUAUGCUUAAAAGUUCUUAGACCUCAAGAUUUGGUUGAACUAGAAAACGAGAUCGGAAAAACUCUUUGCGAUCUAGAGAGGAUUUUCCCACCAUCGUUCUUCGAUGUCAUGGUUCAUCUUUCAGUUCACCUUGCGUCAAAGGCCAAAAUAGGCGGUCCAGUUCAUUAUCGUUGGAUGUAUCCAAUUGAGAGGUAUUUGUCCACAUUGAAAUCUUAUAUUCAAAAUAGAAGUAAACCCAAGUGUUCGAUUGCAGAAGGAUAUCUAGCUGAAGAGUGUCUUUCCUUUUGUUCAUUGUACUUAUAUGAUGAUAUUGGGUCUAGACAUAAUAGGACAAGUCGAAAUUAUGAUGAUGGUGGUUGUCGGGGUGUUUUACCUCUCUUCUCGAUGCCGGGUCUUUCUGUGGGAGCUGUUGAGGAAUUGCAUACUUUAGGGGAUCAAAGAAUCACAGAGGAACUAAGGGCCUUGGCAGGUGGCCCUAUUGAGGUUGUAAGAUACAAGGGAUUUAUCAUAAAUGGUUUUAGAUUUCACACGCAAGAACUUGAGCAGGAGAGAAAAACAAAAAAUAGUGGAGUUGUGCUUGAUACUAGGACAAAUAGCUUCUCAAGCGUUAGAGAUAACAAUCCUAUUAUGGGAGAUGUAACCUAUUAUGGAGUCUUGAGAGAUAUUAUUGGGUUAGAGUAUUCGAUUGACAAAAAAGUAGUGUUGUUUGAUUGUGAUUGGAUCUCAACCGGUAAAAGGAAAAGGGAAGAUGAGAAUGGGUUUACUCUACUUAAUUUUAAAGGCUUGAAGCCUCAUAAUGAGCCUUUUAUACUAGCUUGUCAAGCUCAACAAGUGUUCUACGUGGUGGACCCUGUUGACAAAUAG